AUGCCGACCCAGCACCGCAUCCUCUCGCUUGUCUACAACGACUUCGAAGCCCUCGAUCUCUUCGGCCCACUGGGCGCCAUCAUCCCUCGCAGCGACUACUACAGUCUCGAGCUCGUCAACCUCCACAACCUGGACUCGCCACAUGGCAUCGAAACCUCCAUAAAGAACGGCAUCGGCGUGAUCCCCACCCUCUCACUGGUUGAGGCCCUCAGGGAGGACCACCAGUUCGACACUCUUUUCAUCCCGGGCGGGUUCGGCAUGCUGCCGCUGAUCUGGGACCCGAUCCUGCUGCAGCGCAUCGGGAAGCUGGUCGACCGCGCCGCGAACGUUUUCACUGUGUGUACCGGGUCCAUCCUGCUAGCUGCGACCGGUCGGCUGGACGGGAGAAAGGCGACGACGAAUAAGCGGCUGUAUGAUGAGUUGACUCCUAAGUACCCCGGCGUCCAAUGGCAGAAGCGUGCCCGCUGGGUGCAGGACGGAAAAUUCCUGACUUCCUCCGGUGUUACGGCGGGGAUCGACGCGGGCUUUGCGUUCAUGGCUAACACGUAUGUUGCGCCAGAGGACCGCCAGGCUCAUCCUGAGGGUCAGAAGUUUGCUUCGGAGGGAGAGGAGACUUCCAUUCCGGGCUUCAACAAGGAAAAAGCUCUGCAUCAUGCUCAUUUCGUUGCGUUUGGUUUGGAGUAUCGCUGGCACUCGGAUCCUGCUGAUGAUCCAUUUGUGGAUUUGCCUGGAACAGACGGCAAGGCAUAG